UCAAAAUAGUAUAAGUUACAAGGCUUUCCUAUUCCUCAACCUCUCCCUCUCCUCUCCUCUCCUCUCCUCUCCCUCUCUCUUUCUCUCUCUUCCUCUCAAAAGACCGAAGAGCAGAGGGAAAAGAGGAAAAUACAACCAUUAUGUCAUGUCUCAGACAAACACCAUUGUUGUUUCUCUUUCUCUUUGUCGUUUCGGCAUUGUUUUCCUUCUCUCAAGGAUCUUCUAAUCACGACCAUCUCCAGCAUUCCAAUGCUUCAGAGUUCGAUGGCGAAGGAGAAAUCAGAAGGGUUUUGGAAGAAACUUCAAAUAAGUCUACGACGCUGAUAUUGGCUGCCAAUAGGACCCAUAGAAGAGACCCCCUCAAUGGGUUCAACUACUACACAGGCGGAUGGAGUUUAAAUGAUCAUUACUUCUCGUCUGUAGCUUUUUCUGCAGUUCCCUUGUUUGGCAUUGCUGCAAUUUGGCUCAUUGUUUUUGGGCUAUACUUGUGUUGUACUUGCCUUCUUCGCUGUUGUUGCUGUUGUGGCCGCCAGAAAAAGCCUUACGGCUAUUCCAGAACUGCCUAUGCUAUCUCCCUUUCUCUCCUAGUACUUUUCACAGUUGCAGCAAUAGCCGGAAGUGUAUUUCUCUACACUGGCCAGGAGAAGUUUCAGGAGAGCCAAGUUACUGUACUGAGCUAUGUUUUGAAACAAGCAGAUACAGUUGUUCAAAACCUCAGGAAUGUCUUCAAUUAUCUCAUGGGGGCUAAGAAGAUUGGCGAGGGGCAAGCAUAUUUUUCCGCAGAUUUACAGGCCCAAAUCAGCGAUAUGCAAAGAAACAUCAAUGAUUUCGCUGACAAUCUUCGGAAUGUUACCGGAAAGAGUUCAGGAGAUAUAAGAAAAUAUGUUGAACCCUUGGGAGUCAUCCUAAUUUAUGUCGCUGCUGCAAUGCUCCUUUUGGCUUUUCUUGGAUUUUUGUUAUCCAUUCUCGGAUUGCAGGGUCUCUUGUACUUCCUUGUGGUCAUCGCUUGGAUUGCUGUUGUGGUAACAUUCACUUUGAGUGGCAUAUUUCUCCUUGUUCACAAUGCAGUUGCAGACACGUGUGUUGCAAUGGAUGAAUGGCUUCAGAACCCAACAACCGAUUCAGCUCUCGAAAACAUAAUCCCAAGAGCAAACCCCGAAUCUGCCGAAGCAAUAUUGAAAGGAACCCGGGGUGUCACAUUUGCACUUGUCAAUGCCACUAACACUGCGAUAGUCAAUAUAUACAACAUCAAUAUGCCUCCCGAGGCAGGACCCCUCUACUCCAAUCAAUCUGGUCCGCUGAUGCCUCUUCUUUGCAACCCAUUUGAUUCCAAUCUUACUAAUCAGCAGUGUGCACCUGGUGAAGUGGAGUUCAGAAAUGCGACAGAGGUGUGGAAGAACUAUAUCUGCAAUGUUUCAGCAUCCGGGAUUUGCACCACACCAGGACGUGUCACCCCUAACGUCUAUGAUCAGCUCACUGCCUCUCUAAACGUCAGCUACGGUUUGUACCAAUACGGUCCUUUCCUGGUAGAUUUCGUGGACUCAACUUAUUUGAAGGAAACAUUUUCCGGCAUCAGUAAAAACUGUUGUCCCAGUAUGAAGAAAUCCACUAAAUGGAUGUACACAGGGUUCACCGUAGUCUCUGUUUCAGUAAUGCUGUCACUGAUCUUAUGGAUGGUCUUUGCAAGAGAGCGUAGGCAGCGGAAGUACACCAAGAAACAUAUGGCAGGGCCAAAUGGCAUGAAAGGGUACUACAGGUAGCCUGAUGCAUGAUAUCUAACCGGAACUUGCAUCUUUUUGCGUAUAUAACACGCCUGCAAUCCCAGCACGAUAAAAUUCUGUGUUCGUCAAUUAAGGCAUGAUGUUGGAAGGUACUUCUAUAAUGGAUUCUUAUGGCAUAUUAAGUGAAUAUUUUACCUCUAUCAUGGAUUCUGCCUAGCCUUAAUUC